AUGAAACGCUCUAUUGAUGAAACCUCACCCACCAUAGACUUGAAAAGAGCUCAACUUUUCACCUCUGGCUCUGGAACCGAUGCUUUUAGAGCUAUGCUAAUGUCCGCAAGACGCGUUUCACGUCCCACUUUCAAAGAACCAGAAUUGCACUCCAAUUGCUACUAUUGUGAUUCCGCAAACCACAAUUCGAAUUGCAGCCACUGUAACCAUACUAUAUGCUCCAAUUGCAGCCUUGGAAACUCCACAACAUGCUUAAAUUGUCACUUGAACCGCUAG